UUCUGGCGCCCUUCUUUCGAUCCGUCUCGUCCCGUCUCUUUGGAAUGGGAGCACAAACUGGGACAUGGCGAGGGUGGAUGGGGGAAUAACGAGCUGCAGAGCUAUACCUCUAGCCCGGAUAAUUCGUUUCACACCUCUGAUGGCAAGCUGGUCCUCCGGGCCAUCCAAUCGAGGGACGGCGCAACCCCGACCAGCUCCCGGCUCGUUAGUCGUACCCGCUUGACCCAUCCUCGAGGCCACCUUUUCGCCACCCUCACACUGCCCUGUGCGACGGGCAUCUGGCCUGCGUUCUGGUUGCUUCCCUCUGAGCCGUUUACCUGGCCAGGUGAAGGCGAGGUAGAUAUCGCCGAGACGUGGAAUGGAUCGGGAGAGAAUCAUUCUUGUCUCCAUUGGGGUUUCUAUACGGCUGAGGACGCUGGCAAGCAUCGAUCCGUCAAGACGAGCGUGAAGGGGAUGGGAAGCAGGCCGCUCAGGUUUGACUUUUAUUGGGAUGCGCCGGCAAAGAGGUUGGUGUGGGUCAUGGAAGGUCGACCGGUGAUGCGGACAUCGUUGCCGGGCGGGUUGAGACCGAUGGAGGAGUGGAACAUCUUGCUCAAUGUCGCCAUGGGUGGGAACGUAUGCGAAGGACAAGUGCCACAAGAAGGAGCAUACGACUUGGUCGUGCAUGAGAUCUCGAUGUCGAAGAUUGAGCCCAAAGCGAUCGAUCGCUUCUGGUCCAAGGCGGUCGAGGGCAAGACGUUGUAG